AUGUCCCUCCUGCAUAUCAAUAUUCCAAACCAUCGAAUCAAUGGGCGUACACCUGAAAGUGCAUCAAACAAACAUCAUCACCAGUACAACAAAACAUUAGAGGAGGAAACUGAUACUGAUGAGUCAAUCGAAGAAAAUCCAGUAAAUACUAUUUCAUCGUCGGUGACUAUUCCAGAUUCACCAUCAAUUACCGGAGUAGAAGAAGAACCUUUGCGCCGCCCUUAUGAAAAUGCUGUAUUAUAUGCUUGUCAGCAAACGGAUGAUGACAGCAAAGAAAAAUUAAAGACGAUGCGAAUAUUAGAAGCCAUGAACCUUAAUCCAUUUUCAAUUAUCAACGAGGAUGGAACGGAACAAAACGCCUUGGCACACCCUGCUGUAAUCGAAAAAAGCAUCUCUGCACAAUCCCGCAUUGAAUCUACUCCUUUAAAAAGAACAUAUGAUGAAAUGGAUUCUGAAGAAAGGCCGUGUGCUAACUGCUCGUUUGAGAAUCCUCGCCUUUUACACAAUGUGUUGGCAAUGUCUCCCUAUAGCAGAUUGUUGCAGAAGAGAAAUUAUGUCGAAUUAUCAACUGAAUACUGCGAACUACUGAACUAUGACUGGACUUUCUUCCCUCACAUGAAGUAUUUUGCUGCUCAGUUACUAGCAGGUUCUAUUAUACACAAUGCAGUGAAUAAUGAAACUGUUAUGGCCAAUACCGUUGAAGUUUACGGCAGAAAGAAAAAUGUCGACCUGCAUCGUGAACCAUUUGGGACUAAGAAGAACAAUGCUAUCAUAACUUCACUACCGCCUCCACACAAGUCUAGGUACCCUGACGUGUGGCCUACCACCCUCAGUAACAAUGAUGGGCUGAAGUUGAUUAUUGGCACACAGACCUUCAAUGCUCUUGUUACUUCUGCUCUUCGAUUAGACGAAGCGACAAGACCAAACGUGGGUGGUAUGACGACUAACUUUGUUCUGAUGGGGAUUGAAUCUUCUUUGUCUACGAGUAUACACUUGGAUGAAGAAUCCAUUAAAAAAGCAAAGAGUUUAGCUGAGAAUGUUAACGAAACAUCACUCAGUAAAACUAAUAUCAUGGAUCAACUUCGACAAUUGAGAACAAAAUUCCACGUAUCAUCGUCUUACUAUCUAUGUAGAGCUUCUGGACCGAUCACCAAAUCGCACCAGUGCCAUCCGUACUCUGUUUUUACUCUUCACAAUUUUGAUCGUGGAAGAAAUCCUGCUGCAAAAAUCUUUGCUGAUAUUGGUGUUUCUGUCCUCAAGAACGGAGAUCAAGCUGUACUAAGUAAAGCUCUAGUAGACGAAUGCGCCUUGGCGACUGUUGGAAAAACAAACAGCCUUUUAAUUGAAAUUAGUGCCAUCUUCGUAAAUGGUGUGCAGCAAUUUCCAAUUCUGGGAAAUCGGAAUCUAAAUGACAAGCUUGAGAAACUGGCUGUUUGCUUACAUCCAUACAUCAACCACGCCAAUAUUUCGGUUGAAGCAGCCAUUUCAGAGUCAUUUGCCUAUUUUAAAAACUGA